AUGGCCGAUAUGCCUAGCAAUAAUAUCAUGGAUAAAUAUAUCAAUCUACCAACAUUUAUCUGUAAAAAAAAUGAACAACAUGGCGUUAAAGGAGACUACUUUAAAUGUCGUAUUAAAGCCAAAUUGCAUCAGGAUAACGAAGACUAUUUUCAACUCUCUAAUGAUAAAGGCGACAUUUUACUCAUUAAAGCCGCCGUCGUCAUGCAAUAUUUAACGGAUGGUGGUUGGCGAAAUAAUCUCAUCGACGAAAUUGGCCCAGUCGUCAUGUCAAUGGAUGAUGGCAAUGUUCGCUUACAAUUUAUUCUCGGUAACGAUUGCCUUAUCACUAGUCCUAUUGGCAGUACAGAAGGCAUGGAAUUUGCUCAUAUUGGUAGCGCAGUUAAUCCAAUUCGCUAUGUGACAUUUGGCUUCUCAUUUACCCUCGGCGAUAUGUGCUAUGUCCAAAUUCAAUUUCAAGACAAAACUGUCAAAAGCAGCGGCACCAAAACACCAUGCGAUCGAAUUAAAUCCAUCAAAUUAACGCCUAAUGAAAAGAUUACAAGUGCUUAUAUCCAGAUCAGUCAGGAGCACAAUCCUUGCUAUCAUUUAGUCCAAGGAAUUAGGAUUGAAACAUCGCUAGGCCAGCAAUUAUCCUUUGGUAAAAUUGAAAAUAAACAAACUAAACAUUGGCUUGAUAUUGGUAGUGGUUUAUUAGUGGGGGUUAUUGGCCGCUAUUCAUUUUAUAUCCAUUCUUUAGGGCUCAUCUUCACCAAGCCUUAA